AUGUUUGUGAAUUUAAACGAAUUUAAGAGAUCAGCGAUGAAUAGAUACGUAACGCUGAGCCAACUCGGAGACGGCACCUAUGGAUCAGUACUUUUGGCCCAAAGACUCGACAACGGAGACAAAGUGGCCAUCAAAAAAAUGAAGAAAAAAUAUUAUUCGUGGGAAGAAUGCAUGAAUCUUAGAGAAGUGAAAGUGAGUAUCGCCGCAGAACUGAUAGAAACCGGGGUUACGGAUGACUUGAUGUUGACGUUUCCCUUUGCCACCAAUGAAGACAUGGGAACCGCUAACAUGGAUGUGCCGUCUGGAGAGUUAUAUAGUGUUUUACCGGCGAUGGUCUCGGGUCUGAUGGGAAUGGAAGAAGUGGUUGCGAUAGCGUGGGGAACAGCACUGACCACAUCUGCGCCCGAUUUGACACCGCUUUUGUCGGCACCGGUCAGAGUCACCACUGGAUCUAUUGAUGUCAUAUCAGUUACAUUAACCAAAGUUGCAUUACUUAUGUCUGAACCACAUUCAGGCGCUAUAGACAUCACAAAUUGUGAUCAACUCUUCUAUGAUAUCACUUCCAGUACUAUAGUGUCUGAGUUUAUCGAUUGA